AUGUUCUACUCCCACCGCAGACUCUCGUCUGCAUCCACCACCAACACUCUCAAGGGAAAAGCCACUUGCCACAGCGAGUCGCUUGUUGUCCAAAUCACCGUGAAGCCUGCUAGCGACUCCGAGGCCGUCGCUGGUGGCGCGUCAGGGUCUUCAUCGGUCGUCUUCGUUUCAACCCACACGAUCCACAACACUCAACAACUCGGUCGGGCGGUUGUUAGCACCGGGUCCGAGAGCAGAGUCAGCUCUCCCCCACCUCCAGCCGAGAUUAGCGUAUCGACACGUGGUGAAGAGGCUAGGGACGAGAACCAGGUUGAGUCUUGUGAGAGCGAAACAUUUGUUGCCACCGGCGUUUUGGAGUGGUGUGACAUAAAUGACGUCGACACCGACGUUUCUGUGGACCCUCAAAUAUCGCACCCACUGCACAGCACGAAUUCAAAAUGCUCCCAGAUUAUGCCCUCAAUAUCGUCGCAACCAACACAACUACUUUCUCGCCUGCUCACUGAGCCUGGCGCUGUAUCACUCUGUGAAAGCGAUGCUGCCUGCGUGGUUCUUACCCCGGCGGAAGAGGACUGGGCAGAUUUCACAAGGCGCUGCUCCAACCAACCCAACCUACAAUGGACGGCAUUACUCGUUGUGCCACCCACUAACUACGCCUACUCUCCCUACGGACCGACUUCUCCAGUUAAGGCAAAUGAAACCCGAGUGGACCCCAUGACCGUCUUCAGUGCUUCCCGAUUUGCUGUUUUUAAGGCAGCCCUUGCGCUCCAGACCACAGAACAAGCUUUUUUUACGCAACGGCACAUGUUCAAGGCAGUGGCCCACGAUGCAUGUAUUGCCGGAGCCAGUGUACGCGCUUAUUACGACCACGAGCAAAUACUUGACCGGCUUCAUCGGCUGUCCACAUACCUGUGGAAUGAUCCUGCGGACUACCUGCUGGAGACCUGGCGACACUGCGUCUCAGUCACGAUCCACGAGUCUGACCAUCCCUUCACUGUACCGCACAUAGUCGUCAGCCAUUCUCUCCCCAACGCACCUUGGGACUGCGAAGCAGUGCUCGCCGCUAAUCAAGACGAAGACAUGCUCCAAGUACCACUGUGGGAAUAUCAUCAUCCAAUCGUUGACGCUGAGGACGACGAGGAUGAUUUGGAGAGAUUAGCUGACUUGAACUUCACGGAGUCAGAAUCGACUUCCGAGUCGGAUGAGGCUCGUACCCCAUCACCACCGAAUGUUUACGGACACCCGAGACUAGAGACUCUGCUUGAGGAAGAGGAGGAAGCCGAAGAAGACCAACCUCACCCUAUCCUACCAGUUCGUCAAGUUCGGUCUCGACAGCCAUGGCUUGAAGACGACGACAAGGAUUUUGUGCCACCGAUGCCCGUGACACGAUUCAAGGCUUGUCUCCGCAUUGAGCUGUCUUGCUCACUCCCCACUAUCGACGAAGAUGCCGAACCAACUUACCAACCUUUGCGAACACAAGUCAAGUCGCUGUGGUCAAGUCGGUCUUGGAGCGUCGCAGAAUAUAUCGAGGAGAUGCAAGUCUCCCUAGAAGAGGAAGAAUAUACGGAAGAAGACGAGGAUGAUGACACGUAUGGCUUUGGCCAUGGGUAUCGUCCCCAGGAUGUUCUCCGUCCCUCGUGUGACAUCUUCAUUAAUGAGGAAGACACUCCUCAACAGUCGCCAAUAUCCCCGAGUUCUAGCUCGUCAGAGCUCCCUCGGGGCAAGGCGAAUGUGCCCACUGGAACGAUCGAUUGGUUUGAUCUUCCUGAGGACGACCUGGGCCCAAUAGAAUGGGCGACAGGAUAG